AACCUUCUAACAGUGCGGCCCAGCAGCUAGGGGAAGGAAAACGGUGACGGAACACCACUUGACAUAUUUCCGCCAAUAACAAACCUGGAACGACUUACAAGUGUAUUAUUUGUGCUAGUUAUUCCAAGUGUGUAAGCAUCGUUAGGUAAUGAUUAUUUGACAGUGGGUUAAAUAGAAAACACCAAGCUUAGUAUUACACAAACGCCAUAAUGGAAAAAUGUUCGUGUCGAAUGGUAGUAAACGUGAAUCAGCAAACAAAUGAUUCCGCCUAGUGUUAGCUAACAGGCUAAAGCGGUGGACUGACAUGCUACUCUAGCAUUUGGAGUCAGUGAUGAAAAACAUGUCCUGAGACCGAUCAGGUCCCUCGUUUGGUAUACAGGUAUUUAGUUUAUUAGUUUAAAAUUGAUUUAAAGAGAGAAGACACGGUUUUCAGCCGGCUCAGAUAAUUUCCUGACCGCGAAGCAUUUAAGGUUUUUUUCCAGAUUAGUACAUACUGCAGAUAUACAAAAUGAAGAUGUUCUCAGUGUCCCAUAAGACGGUAUUCGUGGUAGACCACUGUCCCUAUAUGGCUGAGUCGAGUCGUCAGCAGGUGGAGUGUGAUGUGCUGACAAAGAGUCGAGCUCAAGGGGUUAUUCCUUUGGCCCCUGUGUCCAAGUCCCUGUGGACCUGUGCUGUGGAGUGCUCCAUGGAGUACUGCCGGAUUCUCUAUGACAUUUAUCCACAGGACAAACUGGUUAAUUACAUUGUGAGUGAUUCAGAGUUUCACAUAUUGAAUAGCUGGAGGCAGGAAGAUCAGAGCACUCAUGAGCUCAUGUCAGCUCUGGCUGCUGUUGGUCCACCUAACCCACGCGAGGACCCAGAGUGUUGCAGCAUCCUGCAUGGGCUGGUGGCUGCAGUGGAGUCAUUAUGCAAGAUCACAGAGUUGCAGCACGAGAGGCGUACCGCGCUGAUGGACACAGCUGAGAGAGUGGCCAACAGGGGUCGUAUUAUCUGCCUGACCAAUGCUAAAAGCGAUACUCACGUGCGCAUGUUGGAAGACUGCAUCCAGGAGACCAUUUUAGAACAAAACAAGCUGGCAGCAGGCUCAGACAGGCUGAUGGCCAUUCAGCAGUGUGAGCUGGUUUUAGUUCACAUUUACCCACAGGGUGAAGACACGCUGGUGUCUGACCGACCUAAGAAAGAGAUCUCUCCCCUGCUCACCAGUGAGGUUCACAGUGUUCGUGCUGGGAGACACCUCGCCACCAAACUGAACAUUCUGGUCCAGCAGCACUUUGACUUGGCCUCCACCACCAUAACAAACAUCCCCAUGAAGGAAGAGCAGCACGCAAACACAUCAGCCAAUUAUGAUGUCGAGCUCCUGCAUCACAGAGACGCUCACCUGGAGUUCUUUAAAAGUGGAGACUUGCAUAUGGCUGGCACCAGCACUCGAGAAAAUGGACUCAAAGAGACGGUUACACUGAAAUGGUGCACUCCACGGACCAACAGCAUAGAGCUGCAUUACUGUACCGGAGCUUAUCGCAUCUCCCCCACAGAUGUAAACAGUCGUCCGUCGUCAUGCUUGACAAAUUUUCUCCUGAACGGUCGAUCAGUGCUGCUGGAGCAGCCCAGGAAGUCAGGGUCAAAGGUCAUCAGCCACAUGCUCAGCAGCCAUGGCGGCGAGAUCUUCCUGCAUGUGCUCAACAGCAACCGCUCCACCCUGGAGGACCCGCCCUCCAUCAGCGAGGGCUGCGGAGGUCGAGUGACAGACUACCGAAUCACGGACUUUGGUGAAUUCAUGCGGGAGAACCGGCUGACUCCGGUGUCAGAGUCUUCCCAUGAUCCCUCGGGCAAGCUGCCAGCUGAGAGGGCUAAGGCGCAGCUGGAGCGUCACACUCGAUACUGGCCAAUGAUCAUCUCCCAGACCACCAUCUUUAACAUGCAGGCAGUGGUUCCUCUAGCUAACCUGAUAGUGAAGGAGACUCUGACUGAAGAGGACGUUCUGACCUGUCAGAAGACUGUUUACAACCUGGUAGACAUGGAGAGGAAGAAUGACCCACUUCCUAUCUCUACCGUCGGAUCCAGAGGCAAAGGCCCCAAGAGAGAUGAACAGUAUCGUAUAAUGUGGAACGAGCUGGAAACAUUGGUGAAAACUCACGCCGGAGCCACCGACCGACACCAGCGGGUUCUGGACUGCAUCAUCGCCUGCCGCAGCAAACCUCCCGAGGAGGAGGACAGAAAGAAGAGAGGGAGGAAGAGGGAAGACAGGGAGGACAGGGCAGAGAAAAACUGCAGCAAGGAAACGGACGACAAAAGCUGGCAGGACUCAGAGAGGCUAAAGGGUUUGAUGGAUAAAGAAGAACAGGAGUCGGAAGUGAUCAAGGAUUCCCCUGACUCUCCAGAGCCGCUCAACAAGAAACCGCGCCUGUCCACAGAGGAGGUUCAGCCCCCGGAGAGAGCGAAAGGUCCGGUCUCGCUCCUCACCAUGUGGUCCAAUCGCAUCACCACAGCCAAUUCCAGAAAGCACCAAGAGUUUGUUGGAAGAGCGAGCUCCGUCAACAACAAGUUUGAGUUGUACCAGCACCUCAAAGAUGAGAAUGGGAUGGAUGUUCACGAAAACGGCAAGGCCUCCAGAUGAUGUCUCUGUGUAUACAUCACCCGUCAUCCCUUUCCGAGGAUGAGAUUGUGGACUGCAGUGUUUUUCAGACUUUGGUGCCACCUGAUACGCCCAAAACAAGGACAUCAAAAUAAAAUAGACAGUGAACUCUAACAAGGGAUUUAUACAUUUUUUACCCAUGAUUUUGUAGAUAAUGCCAUUCACAUAUUGUGUUAACACAAUAAAAGCUGUCAAAAGAGAA